AUGCUCGCUCGUCUUGCCCAGAAACAACAAUUGAAGCAACUGUCUUCCAAGAGAAUGUUCUCGUCCUCGAGACAGGCGUUCUCUGGCCACGAUGGUGGAAUCUACUCUAACUUGCCAUUCAAGGUCAAGGACAGAAAGAUCCCAUACGCUGUUCCACAUUUCGCCUUUUUUAGUAUGUUCCACUCUAUAUUUGUCAGCUGCUGUUGA